AUGUCACUACUGCUGCUGCUGCUGCUGUCCCUGCUGUGGGCAGGAUCCCUGCCUCAGGAUAGGAGAUUCUGGCUGCAAGUGCAGCGGUCUGUGACGGUGCAGGAGGGGCUGUGCGUCUCUGUGCCCUGCACCUUCUCCCAUCCCAGGGACUACUGGACUGACCCUGCACCAGCUCAUGGCUACUGGUUCCGAGAAGGAGCAAAUCCACAGCAGGAUGCUCUUGUGGCCACAAACAACCCAAGUCGUGCAGUGCAGAAAGAGACCCAGGGCCGAUUCCUCCUCCUCUGGGACCCUUGGACCUACAACUGCUCCCUGGACAUCAGAGAUGCACAGAGAGGGGAUGGGGGGAGAUACUUCUUUAGGGUGGAAAGAGGGCCUUAUGUGAGAUAUACUUACAAAGAGAACCUACUCUCAGUGCUUGUGACAGCUCUGACACAGACGCCUGACAUCUACAUGCAGGGGACCCUAGAAUCUGGCCACCCCAAGAACAUUACGUGUACAGUGCCAUGGGCCUGUGAGAGGGGAACGCCCCCCACCUUCUCCUGGAUUGGGGUUGCCCUCACCUCCCUGGGCCCCAACACUCCCCGCUCCUCAGUGCUCACCCUCAUCCCAGGGCCCCAGGACCAUGGCACCAACCUCACCUGUCGAGUGACCUUUCCCAGAGCUGGUGUGAGCACGGAGAGGACCAUCCAGCUCAAUGUGUCCUAUAUGUCCCUGAACCUGAACAUCAGCGUGUUCCAGAAAGAAGGCACAGGGAGAUCAGGGCCCGUGGCAGAGGUGGUUCUGGUGGCCAUCGGGGAAACGGCUGUGAAGACCUUGCUCCUCCUCCUCUGCCUCAUCUUCCUCAUAAUGAGGUCCUGCAGGAGGAAGGUGGUGAGGCAGACGGGGGUGUGGAGGAUGAAAAAUCCAUCCCAGGUUAAUCCCUCAGGGCUCCAGACUUUUUCCAGAGACCAUCAUCAUCCACUUCCUGCACAGUGUGAGCAGCUACCUGUCCUCUCCAUGGCCACAGACUGACCUGCAAACACCACAGGCUGGAUUUGAAGGCCUGGCAUGGUCUGACCCCUGCUGGACUCUCCUCCAGAUUCCUCCCUCUCCCUGCAUCUGGCAAUGUCUCCAUCCCCAGCUGGGCCAAGGCCUCUGUGGCUCUGAGACCUUUUCACGAGCAGUUCCUUCUCCUGAAAUGCCCUUCCCUCCCCAUUCUUGCCUUUCCAAGUCCUGCUCAUCUUUCAGGCUCACUCUUCAAUGUUCCCCAGUGUGUGUUCGUGUGUAAUUCUUGUAUAGUUCUGAGAAGAGUGACAUCAGUCAUUUAUUUAUAGACUCUUGAGCAAGUAUUACUGAAGACCGACUCUGUGCCAAAAUUGUUGUAGGUGCCGAGGGUGCAUCAGUGAACACAGCAACCAAAAUCUCUGUCAUCAAGAGACUGUUAUUCUGGAGACAAAAAGCAUCGAAAUCAAAAUAAAUAAAUAAGAAAUUAAAGCAUGUUGAA